CCUCAGAGGUUCCCAGUGAUCAGCCUCCCCAGGAGCAUCAAGCACACCUGGACUCCAUAUUUAUGCUCCUGGAGGAGAAAAUCAUCACUUUUGUGAAGAAUGAGUUAAAGAAGAUCCAGACAGUUCUGUAUCCAGAUUAUUCAGAAUGCUUAAACUGCCAGACGGAGGAUAAGGAGAUUUUGGAGUGUGAGGAUGAAGAGCAAAGGCGUACCAACAGAGAGGCAUUUAUAAAGAUCACACUGCAGUUUCUGAGAGGAAUGAAGCAGUAUGAGCUGGCUGACCGUCUGCUGAGCAGCAGAUUUGCUCCAGUUUGUCAACAUAAUCUUAAAUCUCAACUGAAGAAGAAGUUCCAGUGUCUGUUUGAGGGGAUCGCUAAAGCAGGAAAUCCAACCAUUCUGAAUCAGAUCUACACAGAGCUGUACAUCACAGAAGGGACUGCAGAAGUCAAUGAUGAGCAUGAGGUCAGACAGAUUGAAACAACAUCCAGGAGACGAAAACCAGAUGGACCAGAAACAACAAUCAGACAAGAAGACAUCUUUAAAGCCUCACCUGGAAGAGAUGAACCAAUCAGAACAGUGUUGACAAAGGGAGUGGCUGGCAUUGGGAAAACAGUCCUAACACAGAAGUUCACUCUAGAUUGGGCUGAAAGCAAAACUAACCAGGACAUCAAGUUCAUAUUUCCAUUCACUUUCAGAGAGCUGAAUGUGCUGAAAGAGAAAAACUUUAGCCUGCUGGAACUUGUUCAUCACUUCUUUACCAAAACUAAAGAAGUAGGAAUCUGCAGCUUUGAAGACUUCCAGGUUGUCUUAAUUUUUGAUGGCCUCGAUGAGUGUCGACUUCCUCUGGACUUCCACAAAACUAAAAUCCUGACAGACCCCACUAAGUCCACCUCAGUAGAUGUGCUGCUAACUAACCUCAUCAGAGGGAACCUGCUUCCCUCUGCUCACCUCUGGAUAACCACACGACCUGCAGCAGCCAAUCAAAUCCCACCUGGGUAUAUUGACAUGGUAACAGAGGUGAGGGGGUUCACUGACCCACAGAAGGAGGAGUACUUCAGGAAGAGAUUCAGAGAUGAGGAGCAAGCCAGCAGGAUCAUCUCCCACAUCAAGACAUCACAAAGCCUUCACAUCAUGUGUCACAUCCCAGUCUUCUGCUGGAUCGCUGCUACAGUUCUGGAGGAUGUGGGGAAGAAGAGAAAAGAGGAAACAAGGACAGCACUACCUACAACCCUGACUGAGAUGUACAUCCACUUCUUGGUGGUUCAGGCAAAAGUGAAGAAGGUCAAGUAUGAUGGAGGAAUGGAGACAGAUCCACCCUGGAGUCCAGAGAGCAAACAGAUGGUUGAGUCUCUGGGAAAACUGGCUUUUGAGCAGCUGCAAGGAGACAACCUGAUCUUCUAUGAAUCAGACCUGACAGACUGUGGCAUCGAUAUCAGCGCCGCCUCAGUGUACUCAGGAGUGUUUACACAGAUCUUUAAAGAGGAGAGAGGGCUGUACAAGGACAAGGUGUUCUGCUUCAUCCAUCUGAGUGUUCAGGAGUUUCUGGCUGCUCUUCAUGUCCAUCUGACUUUCAUCAACUCUGGAGUGAAUUUACUGGAAAAGCAACAGGAAACCACCCAGAAUUUGCAAGAAGAAGAAUCUGCAGACACUUGCUUGUACAAGGGUGCUGUGAAUAAGGCUUUACAGAGUUCAAACGGAAAACUGGACUUGUUCCUCCGCUUCCUCCUGGGUCUUUCACUUCAGACCAAUCAAAGUCUUUUACAUGGGCUGCUAGAACAGACAGGAUGUAGCUCACAGACCAAUCUGGAAACAGUUCAACACAUAAAGGAGAGGCUCAGUGGAAAUCUAUCUGCAGAGAAAAGCAUCAACCUGUUUCACUGUCUUAAUGAACUAAAUGAACAUUCUAUAUUGGAGGAGAUCCAACAGUCCCUGAGAUCAGGAAGUCUCGCUGCUGAUAAACUGUCUCCUGCUCAGUGGUCAGCUCUGGUCUUUAUCUUAUUAUCAUCAGAAAAAGAUCUGUUUGUGUUUGACCUGAAGAAAUACUCUGCUUCAGAGAAGGCUUUCCUAAGGCUCCUGCCAGUGAUUAAAUGCUCCAGCAUAGCGCUACUUGGUGGAUGUAACCUCUCAGACAGAAUCUGUGAAACUCUAUCCUCACUACUCAGCUCCCGUUCCUCUUGUCUGAGAGAGCUGGACCUGAGUAACAACAACCUGAAAGACUCCGGAGUGAAAGUACUGUCUGGGGGACUUGAGGGUCCACACUCUAAACUGGAAAAACUUAGAUUGUCAAGUUGCUCAGUCACAGAAGAAGGUUGUAGUGCUCUGACAUCAGCACUGAACUCCAACCAUUACCACCUGAGAGAGCUCGACCUGAGCUACAAUAAUCCAGGAGAGGCAGGGGUGAAGAUGCUGAAGCAGCUCCGACUGGACACACUCAGACUAAGUGGUUGUAACCUCUCGGACAGAAUCUGUGACACUCUAUCCUCAGUUCUCAGCUCCCACUCCUCUAGUCUGAGAGAGCUGGACCUGAAUAAUAAUGACCUGAAGGACUCGGGAGUGAAAACACUGUGUGGUGGACUAGAGAGUCCAUACUGUAAACUGGAAAUAUUCAGAUUGUCAGGCUGCUUGAUCACAGAAGAAGGUUGUACUGUUCUUAUCUCAGUGCUGAACUCCAACCAUUCCACCCUGAGAGAGCUCGACCUGAGCUACAAUGAUCCAGGAGAGGCAGGGGUGAAGCUGCUGAAGCAGCUCCAACUGGACAUACUCAGGUAUGAAGUGGCCUUUGGCAGCCAAAGUGCCUGGCAAUGGAGAAAGAGACACUCGAGGAAAUAGGAGAAAUUUCUUCACUCAUCAAGGAG